GAGAAGUCUAUGUAAUACAUUAUCUGAAAAGAGCUACAAUUGUGCUGGUUCCAACAAGAAUACUUUAGCUUUGUUCGAGGGUCAAUUUCGGUUUAGAGACCGAUCGCAUGCAAAAUUGUCGACAACUUCACCUCCUCCUGAACGACAAUUUUGAAAAUGCGGUAACUAAACUAAUUCGGAUUUUGACUCGCGAAUAUAGCUUUUGGUUUCAUAUUCUAGUUGUCACUGUCAAUAAUUUGGCGCUAAACUUUUCUAUUCUGUCAUUUACUUGCUUCGAUAACCCAUUUGAGCGGGUGGUUAAGUUUGUUAUAAAAAUUUUAAUAUAUUAAAAUAAUAUCAAAAUGUUUGAGGCACGUUUAGUGGAAAGUGCUACUUUUAAAAAGGUGUUAGAUGCUAUUAAAGAUCUUCUGAAUGAAGCCUCCUUCGAUUGUUCUGAAUCCGGUAUUCAACUCCAAGCUAUGGAUAACUCUCACGUUUCUCUUGUUUCCUUAACUUUAAAAUCUGAUGGAUUUGAUAAAUAUAGAUGUGAUCGUAACAUUACAAUGGGAAUGAAUUUGGGAAGUAUGUCAAAAAUCUUCAAAUGCUCCAGUAAUGAUGAUACUGUAACCAUCAAAGCUCAAGAUGAUGCAGAUACAGUGACCUUCAUGUUUGAAUCCAAAAAACGAGAAAAAAUAUCUGAUUAUGAAAUGAAAUUAAUGAAUCUCGAUCAGGAACAUCUAGGCAUUCCAGAAACUGAUUUUUCUUGUGUAAUAAGAAUGCCUGCUGGUGAGUUUGCACGAAUUGUGAAAGACCUUUCACAAUUUGGAGAAUCUAUUGUCAUAUCUUGUACAAAAGAAGGAGUCAAAUUUUCAACAUCUGGAGAUAUUGGAAGUGCUAAUGUUAAAAUUGCCCAGACAAGUAACUUUGAGAAAGAGGAAGAAUCUGUUGCUAUAGAAAUGCAAGAACCUGUUACCCUUACUUUUGCUUGUCAAUAUUUGAACUCUUUUACAAAGGCAACACCACUUUCCAAUGUUGUUCAACUUUCCAUGUCAGAUAAUGUACCUCUCGUUGUAGAAUACCAAAUACCAGAAUUGGGUCAUUUAAGGUACUAUUUGGCUCCUAAAAUUGAGGAAGAUGAAAAUUAAUUUUAAUUGAUCUCACACAUUAAUUAUAAGUGCCUUUUGAUGUAAGUACUAUACACCUGUCAGAUUAACAUUUAUAAAGAUGAAUUGUCAAGUGUAUUUAACAAUAGAUUAGUUGUUUUUAAUAA